CGAAACGCUCCAGAAUCCAUCCACUCUCAGACUGUUGUCGUCGUGCGCCGAGUGCCAUGUUGCCUAGAUGACCAAGGGAAUGACCUCGGCUCCCUUUCCAGAUGCGCAUGAACGACGACAUUCGUUGCGGAUGGCGGCAACGCUCGCCUCCUCGAAAAAGGCGUCCCGUAGACAUGUUCCGCACACGUCGCAGCCGUCUCCAGGGCUCCACUCAGCCCACCUCCAACAACUCGUGUCUUUGCGAGAAGCCAACCGGGCUUGCGUCGUCACCUCUCCGAGGUUCACCAAGGAUCAGCUACCGACCACCCAUCCCCGACGCUACCAAGCACCAACCACACACCAGACCGUCGAAUUCCCGUUGUUCAAAAUCAAUUGCGCCGUCCAACACAACAGCACCCCAAUCGAGCGCACCCCCGCGAGCCGCAGUACGCCGUGCAUGCCCAUACAGUCCCCGACAAAUCUCGAGACCAAGGAUCGGUUGGCCCAUCAACUUCCGACUGCAUUGCUGGGCCGACGCCACGUCUUGCCGUCGAAGACAGCGGCGGCGUUUUCGACACCAUCCUGCUCCUCGUCCACGACAACGUUGGCGAGAUACCGCCGGCUCAUCGGUAUGUUUGCACGAAAGCUGGCAGCGCAAGUCGUCGCAGUUGCUGUUUCGAUCGUGGCCAUGAAGCGACAUCAUGCGGCGCGGGUGGUGCAGCGAGCAUGCCGGCGUCAUGUUCUCCAUCACAGGCAUACAUGCGCCGCCCUUGUUGUACAGCGGCUGUGGCGCGGUCACAUUGGUCGCCUUGCUGCCCAGCGCUUGGUGCGUCAGGUCGCUAUUAAAUUUCGCGCUGCAUUUCAGAUUGGACGAGCUGGUCGACUGUGGCGCCGACGGCUUGCAUGCCGUGCUUGGCGACGGGAGGCGAUGGAGGCGCAGGCUCGUGCGUGUCGAGUGAUCCAAGGCAGCUAUCGCCGUCACCGCAAUCGUCGGCUCGAGACCCAACGACAACAGCGUCGGCGCUUUGCAGUGUGUGCAGUUCAAGCGUGGUGGAGACGGCGGCGAAGGCUUCAGGUGGCAGCAGCCAUGCAGAUUCAAGCUUGGGCUCGACGUCGGUCCAGACAAAGGCGAAACAGCGCGUGGGGUCGCAUUUGGACGCUGCUCCAAGCAACCUGGCGAAUGCACGUGGCAAGAACUAGGUUUGGUGCACUGAAGCUCCACACCAUUCAGCUCCAGCGGCGCCACCGUCGGCGGUCGAACCUGCGGGCUGCGCCAUCCACAACCCCGCCGAAGCGUGACGAAUCAAGGCCCAUCAUCGCCGAGAUCGCAGCACAGCGCAUCCACCACGGCAACAACACGACGCCAUUCGAGACGGACCACGUGCUGCCAAUCCAGACAAAUCAAGGAAGCCCACGAGGAUGGGAGGUCGAGAUAUCUGCUGGAACGUCGUCUGCGACAUCAGUUUCAGUUGACGAUGCGCUCCUUUCACAGCCACAUGAGGGCCGACUCAACCACACACACACAACUGCGAUCGGUCGUCGUCCGUCGGCGGUGUUGCAAGAGGACCCGGUGCUUGCGCGCCACCCCAACGCUUCAUCGUGUGCCGCCCACGACUCAUCGCGACAGGCUCAAGUUGCCACGGGGAUGUCUCCGCUGGACACCAGCCCCCCCUCUGCUUCAUCUUGUUGGACAAGCCACGAAGACAAGUUAGCCCAGCCCUUGGCGUGGGUGCUGUCCGUGCCCACCACCGAGUCGGCACGCCCGACACCGACUCGAUUCCUUCCAUCGCGUCCAACUGUCGCCGUUCCAUCGGUCACUUGCGACAUCGACUCGCCUAUUCCCUCGAAUGAUGCGGACGAGAGCCUAUAUCAUCGUCGUGUGCUGUGGUGCUUUGUACAAAAUUGGUGGCGACCGCGCCAUCGCCGUCGCCACCGCAGUUGUAUGACACUGCAAGCGUGGUUUCGCUGCUGCUGGGCGCGUCAGGUAGUUCGCCAUCGACGUGCUCAAGCCAUUGAAACGCUCCGUGCGUGGAUGAAGACCCAUGGCCCGCCGCCGGCCGUCGACAGAAACGACGCCAUUCCAGUGCAUGCACACGUUGACCCUGGCAUCUUUCCCAUCCAUCGAUCGGUCCCCGUGGGGUGCCAAGUCAAGCCGUCCGUGUUUGUGUGGACAUGGGACCCGUCAAACGAUCGCUGGACGACUUAACUGGCAUUAUAAGUGACCGACCGAGAUAUCGUCUGUGAUAUCGUGUAGACAUGGCCAGUGCCGAGCUCGGGGGGCACGAACGUCGUCCCGGGGGGAAACUGGAACGAUGGAGCUGCGGAGGGACAUGCUGGGGCCGGGGGUGCGGCCGAUGGUGGUGGUCGCGAGCUGAAAGUCGUGGGAGGGGCAGCAACGGCUGCUAAAUACCGCGACGCAACGUCCGAAUAGGGUCUUGACAGAGUUGACGCAGGUCGUGUCGAGGUUGCGGUAAUUGCGGGUGGAGGAAUUGCGGUGGCUACAGCUGGUGCAGUGGAUGCGGGUGGUGAAGGGCCAUUCAAUGACGGGGUUUCUAUAGAUGAACCGCAUGACGCACAGAACUUUGAGCUGGGAGUCGAAAGUGCGGCUCCGCAUUGACGGCAGGGACGACUUUGCGAAGACAUUUGUGGAGGUGACGGCUGUGCGGUCGUGGGCACCGCAGGUUGAGAUGGGCUUUGACCACAGGAGGAACAAUGCUUGCGUCGUAGGCUUUCGUGGGCGUCACCGUGACCGCAAGGAUGGAUGGCAUGCUGGUCGAAAGUAGAAGGCGACGAGAACGGUCGACGAGUUCUCCCCACGACUGAUUUCUGCGGCGUUUCACGAGGCAAAGCCUUGGGCGCCGACGACCUACUACUUCGCUCCAGUUGGGCUAGUUUCGCGUCGGCCAUUGCCCGUUUUGCAGCGGCGAUCUCGCGCGCACGCUCUUCGUCGGAUUCCUUUUGUGGCUGCUCGCGUCGGAGCUUUUCCUCGGCAUCAGAUGCGUUCAACCGGUAUGGCCGACGACUUGACGAUAAAGGCGUUGCAGGAGUUGGCGGAGCUUCUGCAGGGGAAGUGGCCGAAAUGAGGCUCCUUCGAGUUGCCGAGCCGCAAGACGGACAGAAUUUCGUUGUCGAUGAUGGCAGGCCGACGCCACACGAUGCACACACAGCAGAAGCUGGCAACGGCGAGGUUCCGAGCGAUUGUGGUGUGCCACAGCUCAUGCAGAAUCGACUUUUGGGCGGCAAGGCCUCGGAGCAGUGGAAGCAAACGGAGCUUUGCCGCGGCAUUCGUCGUCGAAUGCGC